AAAUUACCCAACAUACUCCUCGACCCAUUUGCCACUAACAAGGAAAGUCGAAGGCAAGCGGUAACGAGGUUUUGCAGCUCAAGAUUGUCUUAUUGCUUUUCUCUAAUAAUGUCUGUCAAAGCGGUUUGUGUCUUGGCUGGAGAAGUAAAGGGAACAAUUCACUUUGAACAGGAGGGUGAUAAAUGUAAAAUCACUGGUGAAGUAACUGGGCUGACAGAAGGAAAGCAUGGAUUCCAUAUCCAUCAGUUUGGUGAUUACACCAAUGGAUGCACCAGUGCUGGAUCUCAUUUCAACCCUUUCAAAAAGGACCAUGCUGGACCUGAAGAUGCUGACAGGCAUGUUGGUGAUCUCGGCAACAUUGUUGCUGGAGCAGAUAAAGUUGCAAAAGUUGACAUCACUGAUGGACAAGUCACUCUUCUUGGAGAGCAUUCUGUGAUUGGGCGAUCUGUUGUGGUUCAUGUUGGUGAAGAUGACCUUGGAAGAGGUGGCCAUGACGACAGCAAGACUACAGGACAUGCUGGAGGUCGCCUUGCCUGUGGAGUUAUAGGAAUUGCUAAGUAAUUUGUAUGUAAUGCAAGUCAAUUACAGUAUUAAGCAAACUCCUGUUAAAUAAGAAGCAAAAGUGAUAAUGUCGCCAUAUACAAACCAUGAUUGUUCAUAUGUAAGUAAAAAAUUGUUGAAAUAAAACAUUUUGUUUGAUAUA